AUGGCUCGCUACAACCCUUUCUCAUUCACCCCCGGGCCUGUCAACUUCUUCACAAGCCUGACUUACAUAGCUCUGUUCGCUGCCUUGCUCGUCGUGCAUCUGAGUGUACCCAACUACCCAUCCAAGAGUGCUCAAGGAACCAACCUCACCGAGGCCUGGGCCGAUCUUCAGCAUAUCACUCGCCACUUCCAUCCCUACAACAGCCGUGCCAACGAUCAUGUUCGCGACUACCUUCUGGCACGUGUCAAGCAUGUGAUACAGUCCAAGAAAUUGAGCAAGAACGACGUUGAGAUCAUAGACGACAAUGUUUCGAAUGCAACCUUCUCGUCCAGCAACACCACGGUCUACUUCGAGGGAACCAACAUCAUCGUCGCUAUUCGUGGAUCUGAAGACGAUGAGCCAUUCUACACACUCAACCAGAGCUCACUGGCGACCUCGCGGCGAUCAAAUAAUGGCGGCGUGCUCGUCAAUGCCCACUACGACUCCGUGAGCAGUGGUUACGGCGCUACGGACGACGGCGUGGGAGUCGUCUGCGUGCUGCAGCUGCUGUCCUACUUUACCGAGGAGGAGAACUGGCCGAAGCGAACAGUCCUUCUCCUGCUGAACAACGGCGAGGAAGACUUCCUAAAUGGAGCCAAAGCUUUCAUGCGCCACCCAAUCUCUCAGGUGCCUCACACCUUCCUCAACCUCGAGGGCGCUGGCGCGGGUGGAAGGGCGACCCUGUUCCGCAGCACCGACACCGAGGUGACCAAAUACUACAGCGCGUCCAAGCAUCCGUUCGGUACCGUCGUUAGCGGAGAUGGCUUCAAGAAGGGCCUCAUUCGCAGCGAGACGGACUACAGAGUCUUCCAUGGCGAGCUUGGGCUUCGUGGGUUGGAUGUUGCCUUUAUGGAACCCAGGGCUCGAUACCACACCGUUGAAGACUCAACACGUGAGACUUCGCUCAAGUCAGUGUGGCACAUGCUCUCCGCUUCCAUUGCAACAGUGUCUGGCUUGGCCUCGGACACCAGCGACAAGUUCAGUGGCAGCGAAGAGAGGGGCGAAGAUGGCAAGGUCGACGCUGGCACCGGUACCGAUGCAGUGUGGUUCGAUCUGCUUGGCCGAGCCUUCGUUGUGUUUCGUCUACAUACGUUCUUUGCUCUCUGCGUGACCUUGCUCAUCGUUGCGCCGCUCACGCUGAUCGGUCUUACCUUUGGCCUGAGCAAAGCUGACAAGAACUACCUCUUCGCACGCAAGGCUUAUGUUUACUCGUCUGACGACGAUGAGCCUAUAUACCUAUAUGGCUGGCGAGGAUUCUUCCGCCUGCCGAUUGUCUUCGUCAUCGCGACAGCCGCCGUGAUUGGGCUUGCGUACCUCGUUGUCCGUGUCAACCCACUCAUCGUUUACAGCAGUCCUUAUGCUGUCUGGAGCAUGAUGAUAUCGACUUGGAUCUCGUUCGCUUGGUUCUUCUCACGUGGGGCGAGCGCAAUGCGCCCGUCAGCGCUCCAGCGAAUUUACGGCCUAAUUUGGCUCUUUGUCGGAAGCUUCAUACUUCUGGCAUUCGUCACCGUACUUGCAAACAACUACCAACUGGCUGGCGGCUACUGGGCUUUGUUUUACUUCGCGGCAGUAUUCGCUGCCCUUUUGUUGUCGUACUUGGAGCUGUUCUUCGCACCAAAGAAGUCUGCCUAUGCGCAGACCUUCGGCCUCAUCGAGGAGGACGCUCAGCCUGCCAGUCGACCGCUCACUGGAAACAGCGCCUCGCGCUCUGAGGACCGCCCUCUUCCCGACGACGAAGCCACCGAGACGACUUCCCUUCUGCGCGGCGAUCAACGAAGCUUCGCAAGGGCAAGGCACGGCAGCAGGCGAGGAUCUUCCACCGAGGAAGAAGAGCCUCGACCAUUGGAUCUUGGACAUCCGUACCCCGGAGAACAAGAGUGGAGUGGAAAACUGCCAAGCUGGAUCUGGAUCCUACAAUUCUUGCUCCUGGUCCCCAUCACCGUCAUUCUGGUCGGCCAAAUUGCCCUCCUCUUGACAUCGGCCCUCUACCAGACGCCGUCGGAUGGAAACUCGUCACUUUUCAUUUACUUGUCCUUCGCCGCACUCACUACUCUGCUAAUUGCGCCGGCCGGACCAUUCGCUCACCGAAUCACCUACCACAUACCCACCUUUUUGUUCCUGGUUUGCGUGGGAACCGUCAUUUACAACCUCGUGGCAUUUCCUUUCAGCAGGGAACAUCGCUUGAAAGUCUACUUUGUCCAACAAGUCAAUCUUGAGACUGGCGUGAACACGGUAUCCCUGACAGGUGUGGAUGGCUACGUCCAGCAUGUUAUCGGGCAGCUGCCAAGCGCGCAGGGAAAGAGCGUGAACUGCUCCACACCUGACGUGGUGACGCGCAAAGAGCUCAGGAAGUGCGAGUGGGAAGGGCUUCCCGCUAAAGUGGUUGCAGAUGCAUCACCCUUCAGCAACAAGACUCGCUCCGAUAGCUGGCUUGACUACAUGAUCACGAAGAGUAAUAAGACGAACGAGGCCACGAUUCGUGUUGUAGGGCAGAACACGCGAGCAUGUCGCGUCCUGUUUGACACGUCGAUCCGGGAUCUGACGGUUGCCGGGGGUGUCUCAGAUCCCCGCUUCAAACGCACCGGCGAGCACGGCUCCCGCGAGGUGCGCCUUUGGCAUCGCGAGUGGUCGCAACCCUGGAACGUGAGCGUUUCAUGGGACGCUAAGGAGAAUUCGAAGCUUUCUGGAAGGGUGGUCUGCCUUUGGUCGGAUGCAAAUGCAGGCGGCAUCCCUGCUUUCGAUGAGGUACAACAUUAUCUACCCAUCUGGGCCAUCCCAUCAAAGAUCAGCGACGGGCUGGUUGAAGGCUACAAGCAUUUCGAGAUAUAA